AUGGAUUUCAAGAUACCCAGAAGAAGUCACGACAUCAUGACUUCCUCCAGCUCAGCUCCUCUCCUGGGCCCUCACAGCAGCUGCACCAGGCACCACUACCUAGGCAUCAAGAGAAAGCUGAGGCCUGGACGUAUUAUGGGCUUUGUAAUCAGCCUGGUGGUGGCCUGCACAGUCUGUUCAUGGAGUGCCUUGUCAAUGGCCACAACACUAGCCAAGGAUGUGGGAUUGGAUGUUGAGGGCUCAGCAGAGGCAGCAGUGCCCCAAAGAACUCUUCUGGACCACCACAACAUCUCAGCCAUGGCAGAGAACACAAUGUUGGCCAUGCAAACAAGUGAACAAGAGAGUCACGGGGACUACCCAACGGACUACUUCAGCCUAGAAGACAGACGCCAGGGCUAUGUGGCGUUCCAUAUGUUUGGCAUGUUGUACAUGUUCAUAGCUUUAGCCAUUGUCUGCGAUGAGUUCUUUGUCCCUGCGCUCACUGUCAUCACAGAGAAGCUGGAGAUCUCUGAUGAUGUAGCAGGAGCCACCUUCAUGGCAGCAGGUGGCUCAGCCCCAGAGCUCUUCACCUCAGUCAUAGGAGUCUUCGUCUCCCACAGUAAUGUGGGUAUCGGAACCAUUGUGGGCUCAGCUGUCUUCAACAUCCUGUUUGUGAUUGGGAUGUGCGCCCUGUUCUCCAAAGAGGUGCUGAACCUCACCUGGUGGCCUCUGUUCAGAGACGUCUCCUUCUAUAUCAUUGGCCUGCUCAUGCUCAUCUAUUUCUUUCUGGAUAAUCAAAUCACGAUAUCUGAAAGUAUCAGCCUGCUUAGUUGUUACAUCUGCUACGUGACAUUCAUGAAGUUCAAUGCCAGUGUAGAAUUUUUCAUCAAGAGCAAGCUGGGCAGCAACCAGGUGGACGAGCUGGAGAGUGCACCAAAGGUAAAUGCUCCUGGAGAUGAUGAGAACAAGCUGACAGCCAAACCCAGGCUGCAGAGGGAAGGCAGCUGUGCUUCUCUACACAACUCACUGAUGAGAAACAGCAUCUUCCAGCUGAUGAUACACACUCUCGACCCCCUGAGUGAUGAAGGCCAUUUCAAAGAGAAAGCGUCAAUCCUUCACAAAAUGGCCAAGCAGAAGUGUAAAGAAGACGCUGCCAAUGGCAUAGCUGAUAAAAACAUUCCCAACAGUUCAAAUGUUGCAGUGGAAGUCACGCCACCCAUGAACGGUGUCGCAGGAGGAGAGGAGGGUGGUGAUGAGGAGGAGGAUGAAGACCAGCCUCUGAGCCUGGCCUGGCCCGACACCCUCAGGAAACAGAUCACCUACCUCCUCAUCCUGCCUAUUGUUCUUCCACUCUGGAUAACACUGCCUGACGUCAGGAGAGAGACCUCAGAAAGGUUCUUCCCCGUCACUUUCCUUGGCGCUAUCAGUUGGAUUGCGUUCUUCUCCUACCUGAUGGUGUGGUGGGCUCACCAGGUUGGAGAAACUUUCUGGAUCACAGAGGAGAUCAUGGGUCUGACCAUAUUAGCAGCCGGAACUUCAAUCCCUGACCUGAUCACCAGUGUGAUUGUAGCACGAAAAGGCCUCGGUGACAUGGCCGUGUCCAGCUCGGUGGGCUCUAACAUCUUUGAUAUCACUGUGGGCCUGCCAUUCCCGUGGCUCAUCUACAACAUUCUCAAUGACUUCAAGCCUGUACAGGUGAGCAGCAAUGGCUUGUUCUGCGCCAUUGUUCUUCUCUUCCUCAUGCUCCUCUUCGUCAUCAUCUCCAUCGCGGCUUGCAAUUGGAGAAUGAGCAAGCUGCUAGGCUUCUUCAUGUUUCUGCUCUACUUCUUCUUCCUCAUUGUCAGUGUAAUGCUGGAGGACAAAGUCAUUGUCUGCCCUGUUAGCAUCUGA